UGAGCUACGGCAAUGCUAUGAUAUGAUAUUAUCGAAAGCAUUAAGAUGAAAAGAACGAAUAAGAGGUCAACCGAUUUGCCACCAUUGGAGCUCUCAUCUAAGGAUGACGAUUCUUUCGAGCGAGACGAAGAAGCAACGCAACCAUCCCAAAAAAAUGCACCGAGACUGGUUCCGCCAUCCGUGAUCUAUGCGACGAUAUAUUUUGUUUGCAUGAUUGUUGUUGAUUUUACUAUUGAAGGGACCCAGAAUGCCUUUCCAGAGCUACAUGCCUUGCCGUAUGCCAUGACGUUGUUCCAGUUCGGUUGGUGCUUCUUCCUGCCGGUGGUCAUUUCGAAGGGCGACAGCAUCAAGAAUCUGCCGAAGACCACAAUCGAAAUCUCUCCGUAUAUCAUUCUCAGUCUCGUUGUGUUUAGUUCGAAUGUAUGCAAGUCGGCAUCGGCACGGUACGUAAGCUUUCCAACCAAGGUGAUUUUUCGAUCCACGAAGCUGAUACCCGUCAUGAUCGUGGCGUCGAUCCUCAACAUAAACGACAACCGAACCUACGGAAGAUCGGACUUUUUGGCGGCUGCACUGCUUUGUGCGGGUGCAGCCGGGUACAGUUUUGGAGAACACUCCCUCAACGACGACAAGAAAGAUUCGUAUUUCGGGAUCUUGUUGCUGACCGGGAGCGUCCUGUGCGAUGCAUUCACRCCCAAUAUCCAGCAGUGGCUAAUGCAUCCGGCAACCGAGUCGCCMGGGCAAAAGAGGAAAAAUUCGCUGCAGUCGCUGCCAUCGUCCUCGUCCCUUUCCUCGCUCACACCGUCCCUGCCGGACAUUAUCAUCUCCGACAGCAGCACCGGAAGAGAAAACGAGACGGUCGUGGCCCCGCGGUUUUUCUCGCGGGGACCGGGGAUUCUGAAGAAGCGGGGACUGGGCCUGAGCGUGUCUACGCUGAUGACUAACGCCUACGCCGUCGGCUGCAUCGGGUUGCUCUUGUUCAUGGGGGUCACCCACCGCUUGGAAGACGCCAUCGUGGAGGCAAUGGUYCGCCCGCAUCUGUUUGGCAACCUGACUCUGAUCGGUGUUUCGCUGUCCGUUGCCGUGUUUGCCCGCACCCGCCUCAUCAAGGAGUCGGGUGCGGUCACGGCGGUCACGGUCACCACCCUCCGAGAAUUCGUUACCGUGCUGCUGUCGUACCUGAUCUACCCCAAGAUCUUCUCGAAGCUGCACGCGGUGAGCGCCCUGCUGGUCUUUGGCGGCAUUCUACUGAGCAGCUAUAGCGAGUCGCAGACCGGGCACGAGGCUAGUGGCAACGGCGGGAAGCGGAACGCCGUCGCGGGCAGUGCGAUUCCUACUCGAAUAAAAUAAUCAAAACCGGUUCGGUCGCAACACGGCCUAGU